AAAGGAUUUUUUUAUGAAUAUUGCUGUUAAUGCAGACUAAGUGAAAUAGUAACAUCGACUAUUUCCAUUACAACAACUUCUUAUGUUUAUACUCGAGCAACAUCCUAAUCCUUAUCUGAGAGAAUGAAAUGUCAAAGAAGAUCGUGAUUAGAAAAUGUAUUUGAUAUAAACGAGAAAUUUAAUUUAAUUAAAACUAUUCUAGAUAUAAAGCUCAAAUAAUAAGCAAGCUGAGAUGGCAUGCAAAAGUUAAUCCUUCUGAGGUCAAAUUAUUUCAUAUGUGUUUGAUUACAGUUGUUGUUAAAGGAAAUGAUAUGAAUUUCUGGUUUUCUCUGAAAAAUCUAAAGGAGACAUAUCAACGAACGGUUUUUAAUCAUUAUGUUUUAUUGCAUUUAUGAUGAAAAACUGGUAAAGUCUGUUUGUGUGCUUACUAAGAGUUUUAUGACUUUGAAGAAAUUCGAGCAGAGUUUGUCCAAUGGGCCAUUGUCUCAGCUGUUUCAAAAAUCAAGCUAAUGCUGAUGUUACUACUUCACCUCACAGAAAAAAAGAUGAGAUGACAGAAAUUGCAGUACCUGUUUCAGUUUACCCUCAACAACAACCGCUUCUUCAUGACAACCAAAAUAGCAAUAGCAAUUUCAGGACCACAAGUACUUCUCAAAUAUCCAGCUCACUGUCAAGUGAUCAAAGUCCUGUUGAGUUACUCAGUACACAGAAAACAAAUAUUGUUACAGAGAGGUUACCCAAACCAUUCUACCAGAAGUUGCCAUCCAUACCCCGGACUAUGUCUUCAUUAGGUGCAAAUGACUCCCGUGUAUCUGAAUCCAAAAUCAACCAGCUGUUUGAUCAAUACAAAGACUCAUUAGAAGAAGCAAUAUUAGCAGAAGGCAUAGAGAACCUCUGCAAUGAUCUGCAGUUAAACCCUGAUGAUUUUAAAGUUUUGGUUUUGGCUUGGAAAUUGAAUGCUAGUCAAAUGUGUAGGUUUACAAAAUCAGAAUUUAUACAGGGCUUGAGGAAUAUGAAGACAGAUUCAAUUAAAGGCAUACAUAGUAAAUUAAAUGAAAUAACUAGUGAAUUGAAAAGAGAUACUGAGCACUUUAAAGAUUUAUACAGAUUUACAUUUAAAUUUGGCUUAGAUGUGAGUACUGGCCAGAGAAUACUGCCAACAGAUAUAGCAAUUGUAUUGUGGCGUCUAGUCUUCACCAACAAUGAUCCUCCUAUAUUGGACAGGUGGUUAUUAUAUUUAGAAAAGAACCCCCACAUCAGAGGCAUUCCAAAAGAUACUUGGUACAUGUUUUUAAACUUCUGUGAGUUUAUUGGGGAUGAUCUCAGCAGUUAUGAUGACACGGAGGCGUGGCCCAGUCUCUUUGAUGACUUUGUGGAAUAUGAGAAUGAUCAGAUGAAUCAAAAUGUCAAGAAGAAUGAUAUCAGCACGCAGGAUUAAUGUCCAUUGCCAAAUUUUAGGUACUUAAUUAAGAUAUUGAGACUGAUAAUUUGAUAAUUAAUGUUCAAUGAUGUUAGUCUUGUAUCUCUGGUGAAGUUAAGUGUGAAUAAGGUAAAUGAAUGUUUUAUUUAGAACUACGUACUGAACAAAAUUGCGUAGGUAGUGUAGGUACAUAAUGUGAGAUUUUAAAUGUACAUAAAGUACUAUUAUAUUUUAUAACAGUUUAUCUUUAGGUUUAUUUUUUAAAAUUAUUUAACAUUCCAGUAAUGGAAUUAGACAAAAUUAUGUAAAUAUUGUUCUUAGUUGCAUCAAAGGUACCUUAUUUCUUAAAUGUUGUAUAUUUUAUUUAACCUUUUUUGCAUUGCUACUUGGAGUCUAAAUCUUGCACAAACUGAAUAUUGCCUGGAAAAUAAUAGAAUAAUGAUGA